AUGAGCAUGUUCAAAGUGUGGCUGAGCAGUGUUCAAAGUGUGGCUGAGCAGUGUGUUCAAAGUGUGGCUAAGCAGUUUCAAAGAGUGUGGCUAGCAGUGUUCAAAGUGUGGCUAUGUUGUGUUCAAAGUGUGGCUAUGUUGUGUUCAAAUGUGGCUGGGCAGUGUUCAAGUGUAGCUAAGCAGUGUUCAAGUGUAGCUAAGCAGUGUUCAAGUGUGGCUAAGCAGUGUUCAAGUGUGGCUAAGCAGUGUUCAAGUGUGGCUAAGCAGUGUUCAAGUGUGGCUAAGCAGUGUUCAAGUGUGGCUAAGCAGUGUUCAGUUGUUCAAGUGUGGCUAAGCAGUGUUCAGUGUUCAAGUGUGGCUAAGCAGUGUUCAGUGUUCAAUGUUCAGGUUCAAGUGUGGCUAAGCAGUGUUCAGGUUCAAGUGUGGCUAAGCAGUGUUCAGGUGUGUUCAAGUGUGGCUAAGCAGUGUUCAGUGUUCAAGUUGUUCAGUGUUCAAGUGUGGCUAAGCAGUGUUCAGUGUUCAAGUGUGGCUAAGCAGUGUUCAAGUGUGGCUAAGCAGUGUUCAGUGUUCAAGUGUGGCUCAGAUCAGCAUAAGUUAGCUUCAGUUCCAGUAUAUUUCUCAGAGCACGUGGAAGAGGUCAAGCAUCAGUACCUGGAGACGUUUGACCCCAGACAUUACCAUCGGACUUUUUAUUCCUACUUGGACGAAGAGGUCAAGUUUUUCCUUCGACGCUACCACGAGAUCUUCACUAACGACCCAUUGCUCUCCGCCCGAUGCCGAAGCCGUCGUCGAGUGCUUGAAUUCGGAUGCGGUCCUGUCCCCGUGUAUGCUGCCUCUGCCGCCUUCUUCUCCGAAUCCAUCACCAUGGCUGAGAUCAUACCCGCCAACAGAUCGGAAAUUGAGUCUUGGAUGGACUGCAGACCCGAAGCACUGGACUGGUCGCCGUUCUUUAGUUACCUCGCAAGUCUGGGAGAUGGCAGAAAAGAAGAGGAAAUAACCGAGCGCUUGCGAGAGGUCUUCCAAGUGGUCAUUCCCUGCGACGGAACCCUGGAGGAGCCUCUCGCCCCGAUCCGCCAGAGGUAUGACGUGAUCAUGACGACCCUUUGCCUAGAGUUCGCGACCACGACCAAGGACGACUACCGAACUAUGCUCGGUCGUGUCGUCAACCUGCUGAGGCCCGGCGGUGUCCUGCUGAUGGCGGGCGCCCUUGGCAACACUUCCUACUCCGUGGGGUCGACGCGCUACCCUUCCGUCAGUCUCCAGAAGGAGGACCUUGAGGAGGCAGUCGCUGCGGUGGGCUUGCGCGUGGCCUCCAUGGCGACCCUCGAGCGACUGACAUCCUCGAAGGAGAAGCCGGCGGACCAUCGAGGCGUGUUCUUCGUCGCGGCUGAGAAACAGGGAGAACCGGGGGUGUAGCGGGAGACACUGCUGAUAUGUUAUAAAGGCAGGAUA